ACCAAUCUAUAGAGCGAGCUAGCGAAACUCAUGAUAUUUUGAAUGGGUAAACUGUGAACUUGGAAAAGAUAAAAAGGAUAAUUGAUGUAAUCAAAAUGAGUAUUGCUGAGAAACUUUUUAGGCAGGGAAGUCCUAUAACCGGAAAAUUACUCGCAAAAUCGCUAUUUUUGAGGAGAUGUUUCACGUCAUUUGGUUAUUGCAAGGUCACAGAGUUUCUCACUAAAAGAACAUGGUGCAACCUUCGGCACAAUUUUCUUGUAAAGGAAACACUUCAGAACAGAAAUGGCAUUACAUGGAGUCAAUUUCGAAGAAUCUGCAGUCAGUCAACAAGCCAUGGAAUGCCUACCCAGGAUACAAUUGAUAUGUCUAUGUUUCCAGUGUCAAGAAUUAAAAAUUUUAGCAUUAUUGCUCAUAUUGACCAUGGAAAAAGUACUUUAGCUGACAGACUUCUUGAAAUGACUGGUACAAUUUCAAAAGACAAUGUCAAUAAGCAAGUGCUGGAUAAACUUCAAGUGGAGAGGGAGAGAGGAAUAACAGUUAAAGCUCAGACUGCGUCAUUAAUUUUUGAUUAUGAAGGAGAAACAUACUUGUUAAACCUUGUUGAUACACCAGGACAUGUGGAUUUUAGCUAUGAAGUGUCCAGAUCUUUAGCUGCUUGUCAGGGUGUUAUUUUACUGGUUGACUCAGCUCAGGGUGUCCAGGCACAGACAGUAUCAAAUUUUUUCCUAGCAUUUGAUAAGGAUUUACAUAUAAUCCCAGUACUCAACAAGAUUGAUAUGAAAACUGCUGAUCCUGACAAUGUCUCAAAACAAAUGGAAAAAUUGUUUGAUGUCAAACAGAAUGAGAUUUUAAGAAUCUCUGCAAAAACAGGAGUUGGAGUGGACACUGUUCUGAAAGAAAUUAUUGAAAAAUUACCAUGUCCUCAGGGUGAGGUGUCAGCCCCCCUAAAAGCUCUUCUGUUUGAUUCAUGGUAUGAUCAGUACAGAGGAGUGAUCUGCCUUGUUGCUGUUCUUGAUGGAUCACUGAAAAAGGGAGAUGAUGUCAUGUCUGCCUACACACAACAGAAAUAUGAAGUCUUGGAUAUUGGAAUAAUGCACCCAGGGGAGAUCUCUACUGGUGCUCUAUUUGCUGGUCAAGUAGGAUUUGUUGUUUGUGGAAUUAGGAACAGUAAAGAUGCUCAGAUUGGUGAUACAUUUUUCCAUCCUCAUGCACCUGUUGAACCACUGCAAGGAUUUAAACCAAUGAACUCCAUGGUGUUUGCUGGUGUGUACCCUGUAGAUCAGUCAGAACAUCUCUACUUAAGAUCUGCAAUUGAAAAGCUCACACUCAAUGAUGCUAGUGUCUCAGUUCACCCAGAUAGUUGUCUGGCUCUGGGUCAAGGAUGGCGUCUGGGUUUUCUUGGCUUGUUACACAUGGAUGUCUUUAAACAGCGGUUGGAGCAGGAAUAUGAUGCAAGUAUCAUCAUUACUGCUCCAAAUGUUCCUUACAAAGCAAUUUUGAAAAAGGAUGAUGUUGAGGUGAUGAUUCUGAACCCUUUGGAGCUCCCAGAGCCCUCUCAAGUGCACGCGUAUUUGGAGCCUUAUGUAAUGGGUACGAUUGUGUUCCCUGAAGAGUGUAUGGGCAAAAUGUUGAGUCUUUGCGAGAGCAGGCGCGGUGAGCAGCAAGAAGUACUUUACAUCGACGAGUCACGUGUCAUGCUGAAAUACUUGCUUCCGCUGAACGAAGUUAUCGUGGACUUCUACGAUGAUCUCAAAUCCAAGUCAUCUGGCUAUGCAAGCUUUGAUUAUGAAGAUGUUGGAUACAGAGAAACAAACGUUGUUCGGAUGGAUAUCCUGAUAAACGGUCAUGCUGUUGACGCCCUAAGCUGUAUAGUUCACAAAGACAAAGCCUUACAAUCAGGACGGUCCAUUUGUGCUAAACUUAAGGACGUCAUACCCAGGCAACUAUUUGAAAUUGUUAUUCAAGCUUCAGUGAGAGGAAAAAUCACAUCAAGAGAAACAAUAAAGCCCUUAAGAAAGGAUGUCACUGCAAAAUGCUAUGGUGGUGAUGUGACAAGGAAAAUGAAACUACUUCGGCAGCAAAAGGAAGGAAAAAAGAAGAUGAAAAGGAUCGGAAAAGUGGACAUACCACACCAUGCCUUUCUGAGUGUUUUAAAAAGAUGACGAUGACCUAUGGACACUUCAUUGGCGUUAUAUAAAUCCGUAUCCCUUGAUUGGCUGAAAAAACCAUCUCCGUGAAUAUAUGAAAUUCAUAUAUGUGAACUGCUGAUUAAGAAAUUAAUAUGGAAGCGAUCCUCGCAGUAAUGAACACUACUUAAACAGUACUGAAACUUAGGCUAGACAAAAAUUCAGGCCGGACAAAAAUUCAGGCCUGUACGGCCAGGUUAGUUCAUGGGUUCAAAUCCCGUACAGGCCUGAUUUAUUUAUUCAUCACUUCGCGGGUUUAUUACGAACCAACAUAAUAACCAGUUCCCAGUUGCCUUGUUAGCUCAGUUGGUGAAGUACUGUACUACACCGGUAUCGCAGAAGUCAUGGGUUCAAAUCUCGUACAGGCCUGAAUUUUUUACCAGGCGUUAAUUUAACUACUGCUUAAGUAGUGUUCAUUACUGUGAAGAUCGCUCCCAAAUUCAAUACCAUCUCCAUAACGCAUCUAUUCGAGGAUUUUCAGUCGACUAGAUGGAAUUUUAUUGAAUAAU